AUGCUAGUGAUGUUCGUAAAUUUUACAAAUACAAAGCCGAUGCCGGAAAUGUUUAAUUUGCGGAAGAAGAGCAAAUUGAAGGUCGAUAGAAUCUCUUUUCCGGAUUCGAAAGAAGAUGUUGGCGGAAUUCUUCCAAGAUUGGGCGAUGUGAAAUGUGCCGAUGGUUUGACCUACUGCGAGAAUUUUGAUAAAUACCCCUACGACCGGGUUCAAAAUAUAUUACAACACAAACCGGUGCACAAAGAAUUGUUUGGUUACGAUGAAGAACCAACGGCGUUCGUCCAUAGAAUGGAGGAAUUCGACGAACACUUUGUAUGUAAGGCCACGACUAGAACAAUCUUUCCUACUGUGGGAAAAAAUACGAACAACCAGUGGAAGUUUAUAAUCAACCAGAAAAAAGAUGGUUAUAUACAGGGUGUUCGAGUGGAGACUUGUCGUUUUCCCGGGAAAAGGUGCGAUAUUCUGAGCGAACUACCAAGCGGCUACGUGACCGCAUGCAAGCAGAAAUAUGUUUACAGGAGGUUAAUUUCUUUGAGUGAUAAUGGAGAACCUGCUAUGGAUACUUUUAUUAUGCCCUCAGCUUGUUGUUGUUCCUAUAAAAAGGAUUUGGAUUUUUUGUCGAGAAUAGGAAUGAAGAAAAAACGAUGA